UAUAUAAGGCUGGGAUGUGAACUCAUGAGUGAAAACCCAUCUCAGGUGUCCACGAUGAUGAAGAGUGCUCAGUCUGUGUUGCUUCUGAUGCUGCUCUGCUCUCUGUCUGGGACACAGGGCCUGGGUGAGCGUGGAGACGUCCAGGAGACUCGUGCCCUCCAGCUUGGCAGCGAGGCCGAAGAGGCCAGUGUGAAAGAGAGAAGGGAUGCAGAGGACACAGAGCUAAAGGGGUCCUUGAUGAGCUUAAUCAGGAGCCAAAUCGCGGAUCAGAGGAGGACAGAGCAAGUAGCAUUUGGAGCAUCACUGCCACCUCGUGGAAAUCAGGGUCCAUAUAACAUUGAGAUUACCCUGGUUUACAGCCGCGUUCUUGUCAAUGCUGGGAAUGCCUACAACCCAGCAACAGGUAUCUUCACUGCACCAGUGAAAGGAGUCUACUACUUCAGCUUCUCUGGUUAUCAUUACUCCACAAAGCCCAUGGGUCUCAGACUAAUGAAGAACGGCCAACAGAUGCUGAGACUGUACAAUCAUCCUCCAGGUAGUCGCUAUGUGACAGCAACCAAUGGGAUGAACCUGCAGCUAAAAAAGGGAGACCAAGUGUACUUGCGGCUUGGGGCAGGCACCUGGACUUAUACUGAUAGCAAUUACCAAAACACUUUCAUUGGCCAUUUGCUGUUUCCACUGUAAAACGGCGAUGUCUGUUCUUUUGAUGUCUUCACUCUGUUUCUGGUGUGUGGGGUUAACAUGAUCUAAUUGAAUCAGUAGUUCUAUGGUAAGUCAGUAGGGAUAAAUUAUUUGAAUGAUUAUAGACUGUAGGCCUCUCUUAUAGUUCAGCAUGUCACUGCAAUAAAGGUGCUGUUUGAAGGGUUCACUAUUUGUCAACCAGCUAAAUUUCAUAAUAUACCCUCCAAACAGGCUGGUAGCAAUGUAUCACCAACAGUUUUGGGUGCACUUCUGUUUUGAAAAUAAAACUCUGUCGCCACUAUAAUGAAAUUCUGACUAAUUUGCCACUAUAAUGAAAUUCUGACUAAUUUGUUAACUUUAUAUAACAUCCUCAAGUUAUUGUGGUUUGAACUGAACAAAUGUAUCAAAAGAAAUCUUGAACAUAUUCUUUACUCAAUAAAUGUCACUAGCAUCUUAA